CACGGGGUACCUCGCUGCACUGCCACCAAAACACCUCUGGCCCCUAAACCAGCAGCAAUGGCGACACUGCUGUAUUUCCGUGCCCCGCGCUUCGACAUCUCGCCCGAGAGCCCCACGGCGCCGAGGUUGGGCAGCAUCUUCUCCAACCUGAGGCGUCUGACGGCACCGCUGAACCAGGACGAGGCGCUCUCGAUCCCAGCGAACCUCGUCAACCAGGCCGCCGUUGCCGGGUUCCAAGACAAGGAGGCCAGGAGCGUGGCGGGCAGCGCGGGCCUGUGCACCGGCGGCGGCGGCGGCAGUGGCGGCCUGAUGUACGCGUUCGCCAGCGACCGGCGCGACACGUACCGGUGCGCCGAGCUCGAGACGGUCGAGUUCGAGGCGGAUGAGCAGUUUGUGCGCGACAGCAUCACGGCGUCGCGGCGCGUGCAGGACUUCUUCCAGGGCGGCGGUAGCGGCGGCCGCGGCGGUGGCAUCUCCUCCUUCCUGGGCGGCCUCGGCGGCAGGCGCGUCUACCUGAUCACGGGCCUCAAAAUCGCCACCGACUUUACCGUCUCCCGCGGCGGCGGCUCCGAGCACGGCGUGGUCGCCCAGGCCACGGUGAGCGGCGGCGGCGGCGAGGUGAUGAUGCCCGCCUCGGCCGGCCUCAAUCUCGAGCUGAAGACCGGCUCCUCGCGCGAGGUCUCGCACGGCCCGGCAUCGGGCAAGAUCGUGUUUGCGUACCGCGCCAUCAAGAUCAGGCCCGCGGGCCACGGCCAGGUCCGGUACAAGGACCUCAGUGGAGGUCAGUACGGCAUUGGCGAGGACGACGGCGGCGGCGUGGAGCCUCCGGUGUCCUGGGAGGUGGAACCGGUCGGCGAAAAGGAUAUACUCGAGGAGUUCCCGGACGAGGAGGAAAUUGUUGCAAUUCAGCACUAAACGGAUGGCCAACAGGUGCCUGUUUUAAUGGACUAUUUUAUCUACAGUUGUAGUACUAUUUCGCGAAGUUGAUAGCAUUGAUAUGAAGGCUACG